GCCAAGCAGCAUUGUACCUCAUACAAGUUUCUGUGUAUUCAUUUGGGCCUAACUCGGGCGGGCAACUGGCGUAAAGCGCACACGUGGCAGUGGGGUUCAGGCAGCUUUUGGCAAAAAGAUUUAGCAUAAUAGUAAUUUACUUCAUUUCUAGUCUGUACCACCAAAAAAGACUCCUGGUGACCUCCCUUACCCAAAAGAAGCCACAUCUAAGCAGUUGGUCUCAAGUGGUCCGAGCACUCGUGGGAAACCUCAGAUGGGCCACUCCUAGAAUUAGGAAGGUUGGCUCUUUCAGCUCUUGGCCACCCUUUCUGCCAAUUCUGUCUGUCGGGCUAUGGCCAGAAGUGACAUGGAUCUCGGAACUCAGAACUCAGAGGCAAAGGCAAGCAGAUCUGAAUACAGGCCAGCCAGAUCUACAAACUGAAACAGUCCCAAACAAACAAAAGAGAAGAGUCUAGUAUCUUCGACAAGGGAAAAGGAUAGUAGGGACCCUAAGAGAACCUGUCUUCAGCUGUCCCAGUGCCUCUGAAGCAGGUGCCUGCAGUCACACACCUGAGUCCCUAAAGCCAGAAGAAGAAGAGGAAGAAGAAGAAAAGAAUAUACCAUAGGAGACCUGAAAGCAAUUUUUGAUUUUCCAGUCCAUGGUGAGGAUGCUCAUGUCAUUUUGCCAUUGUUACUGUCUACCUUCUCACUGAAUUCCAAUUGAUGUCCCAAGACAGCUGGCAGGGGUGGGGGUGGAGGUGGACUGCAGGAGCUGGAAUAGGAAAAGAAUUUUGGAAGUGAGACAGGAUCCAGGUCUUGAAGUGAUUAGUGUAUUUACAAAAUGGUAACAAAGUGGUGAGACAGGACAAAGAGCAGCCUAUGAGCAGUAGAGCUCCCAACAGCUUCUUUGAAGACUCAGAAAACUGAACAUGCAUGGGGUGUAUUCUGCUGAACCUGUGAUAAACAAGUCUGACCUAAGGAUAUCUGCAUGAAAGUCAGAAACUCUGGGAAAAUUAUAUUUUGAUGAUUUUAGCCUAGUAGGUAAAAACUAAAGAUUAUGAACAGACUCGUGUUUAAAACUUACAAUACAGUGGUCUAAAACUGUUGCUAUCAUGAAGUCUCUGGAGCUAUUUAUAAUGUCAACACAACAGAAAAACUGUACAACAUCUGAGCAUAUUUGGUCAUACACCUUGAGUAAGUUGGAUACUAACGGACUGCAGUGAAAAGUUCCGCCUUACCUCCAGAGGGCAGUGUUGUUUUCACAGACAAAGGACUGUGAAAGACUGUGAAAGACUGUGAAGGUUUCUGCAAGACUACAGCUGGGCAUCUGUUUCAGAAUGUGCACUUGUGUGUCCUGAAGCAAGCAGGCAAAAACAAAAACUUCUUUUUUCCUUGUCUUUUUAUAUAUGCUGCUACCAGGAGGUGUGGUCCAAACUUAGGAUGGGUCUACUUGCCUUAAAUGAUCCAAGCAAGAAAAUCCCUAACAGCCAGGCUUGAUGGCACUCACCUUGGGAGGUAGAGGCAGAUGGAGCUCUGUAUAUAUUCUGUUGACGCUGGACAGCCCACAGAUCUGUGCUAUUGACUAAUUUACGGACCCAGAGCAGAAAACUCCUAAGUGCCCAUCUAACAGGUCAUCCAGCAGGAGGCCUGGCUCUGGAAUCCCGGUUCCUGCUACUCUUCUGAUCUUGCAAGAGAAGAAGGCGACCUGUGACCCCGGAGACAUAUCUUCCCCCAAUAACCCACCGUCAGAGGUACAAACUACUCACCUGGGCAAAGGCCCUAGGAGACCGCAGAGAAAGAAAGAAGGAAACUCUGAGAGGAACAGGGAGGGACCUCCUGGCAAACGAAACUGAAACUUUGCAGCCCAGGUCUCUAGUACAAGAACUCCCCUUUGCUCCCUCCUGGCUGCACACUGUCCCUGAUCCCCAAGCGAUCCAGACGAGGACUGUCAUGGCUUCUAGUUCCUGCCCGCAGUCCCCGCUACUCGUGAGGCUGCCGAAGUCCAUCCCUGGGGCGCACAGGAAGCUAGAGAAAUACUUCCAGAGCCUGGUCUCCGACAGCAGGGUGUGCACUGUCCAGCCCGUGGGCCCCAGCGCCCCUGACACCUUCGAGGUGAAGUUCCUAGAAAGGGCAGCUAAGGAGAAAGUACUGAAAAAGAGAGACCACAAGAUGUUGAUUGAUGACAAACCUGUGACCAUUUUCCUGGAAACCAUGAAAAAGCCAGUGGAGGACCUGAGACCCAGACCUCCAUCUUUGACACAGUCACUGGAUGCAUCACUGUCUGAUGAAGAGCCUGCUUCUAACUCUGUUGACUCUGUUGUUCAAAAGGUCUUUCUUGCUAUGACCGAUGAGCAGAACUGUGAAUUGCUUUCUAAAGAGCAGAGGACACACAUACCUGCUGUCGGCCCUGGCAUCAGAAGUGUGGAGGGUAAAGGCGGAAUUGUGACGGUGUGUGGCAACUUCAAAGAUACUGAGAAGUUCUUGAGUGUGCAGCUUUUGGAAAGUGAGCAGAAACAGAAGUACCCUCCACAAAAAUACCCCCCUUCCGAUGUGGAGAGAGAGCCUCCCAACCAGGAAGACUCAGGUAGAGGCUUUUCCUCCUCAGAACUAAAACCCAGAUUAGAAGAUGCUUUUGAAGUUCCCGUGCCUUUCCUUGACUAUUUCAGACAUGCUUGUCCUGGUAGAAUAGAGUCCAUAGAGAAAGGAUUUGGUGUAAACAUUCAAAUCCAAGAUAGUACUCCCAAUAUGGUCUCUGUAGUCUUCACCACUAGCCAAUCGGGCAACAUAGAAGCAGCCAGUGAGUCUUUUGUCAGAGACUUUCAGAAAUGCACCCAAUCUCUGAAGCAAGAUUGUGUCUCUAUAGAGGACCCUCAGAUAGCAAAGGAACUCAGACAGGAGUUGAACCGCUGCUUCCCAAAGCUCCUGAUAAAAGGACAAGGAAGAACGCUAACUCUCCUAGGCUCUCAAGCUGACAUUUCAGCUGCCACAGAAAAAGUCUCCCAAACUUCCAUCAAGACGCCUGUGAAAAUAAUGGCGUCUGGUUACAAGGCAGGGAUUGACGUUGACUCCACACACUUCAACCUUCUAAAACCUGAAUUGCUCCAGGAAAUCUCGGAGAUAGAGAACAAGUAUAACACUUCUGGGAAAGUCCAGGAGAAAAGCCAGAAAACCUGCAUUCUGUUUGACCCCAAGGAUAAGGAGGUCGACCUGUCCGUGCACUCUUAUGCAAGCUUCACUGAUGCCUUCCAACAUGCCACGUUCCAGCUAAGGACAGAAGUCCUGUCACUGAAACAUUUAGGCAAGGGGAAAGCUCACUCACACAAGACCAAGUUUGUCGAUGACUUAAAAAAAAAGCACCCAAAUGUACACUUUGUGAUAUCUCGAGAGUCGAUGACUUUGAUUGGUUUGCCGAACCAGCUUGCACAGGCAAAGCACUAUGUCUUCAAAGGAAUGGGACUGUCCCCAUCGUCUGGAGAGAAAUUAUAUGUGGAUGAUGAGACACCCAUGGGUAUUGAUGGAAAUGACUCAAAUGCGGCUGUACCUCCUCUCAGAGGCUCUGCUGAUAGCUCUGGGGCCUUGAAGGCAAAUGAGACUGAAGACGACUGUGUCAUCUGCAUGAAUGUCAUUAGCAACAAGCGUGUGCUGUCUAAGUGCAAGCAUGAAUUCUGUACUUCUUGUAUCACCAAAGCCAUGUCAUUGAAGCCUGUGUGUCCUGUGUGUCAGACUUCCUAUGGUAUCCAGAGAGGGAACCAGCCAGAUGGAGGAACCAUGACUUCUGACACUUUAAGACGGUCACUUCCUGGUUAUGGAGACUGUGGCACAAUUGUGAUUCACUAUGAUAUAAAAAGUGGCAUCCAAACAUUUUGGCUACCCUGAUCCUGAUUACCUGAAACGUGUCAAGGAAGAGCUGAAAGCAAAAGGAAUUGAGUAAGGAGAGUGCCGGGAAGAUGUCUAUCCACUUUCAAAAUAAGUGUGUGUAUUAGUACAGGCCUAAAUCUUUUUGUAGAAAAACUGUAGCAUUUUCAUAUUAAUCACAUAUCUUUUUUGCUCCCCCUGGAUGGUGAGGUGUAGUUUUUGUAAAAGCAGAAGUCUGCUUGCCAGCCAUUUCUAGAAUGUUACUCUUUCGUGGAAAACAAAAUAUAAAGGGUGUGGGCUAGGGAGACCAUCCGUAAAGUGUGACCACAUGCUCUUAUCUGCAGCAGCCAUGUAAAAGUUGGUGUGAUGGCAUAUGCUUGUAAUCUUAGUACUGGUGAGUGGAGAUAGGAUUCCUGGAGCCUACUGGCUAGGUAGUCUAGCCAAAACCAAACACAUGAGCUCCAGGUUCACUGAGAGACCUUGUCCCAAGAAAUCAGAUGGGUGAGGUAUGGUGGCGCAUGCCUUUAAUGCCAGUACUUGGGAGGCAGAGACAGGCAAUCUCUGUGAGUUCUAGGAUAGCCUGGUCUACAUAGCCUAAGUUCCAGGACAUCCAGGGCUACAUAGUGAGACUCUGUCUCAAAGCAAACAAAACAAAUAUUAGAUGAACAGAAAUAAAGACAUCUAACAUCACCAUCUGACCUCCAAGUGCACCUACACACAUGUGUACACACUCACCCAGCGAGACACCGAGAGAGAAGUUUUAGAAAAGAAAAAGACAAAGGAUUUCAAAUUUUGCUGAGGAAAUCUGAUCUCAUUCUUGGGUGCUGACUGACAUGAAAUCAUCUUCUGUAUCUUUCACUUGAGCCAAUGGCAACUAACUGAACCUCUCCUGUUGUUUGUUUUGCUUGAGACAGGAUCUCUCUGUGUAGCUCUUGAAUUCGCUUUUUGGGCCGGAUUGGUCUUGAAUUUAGAUCUGCCUACAUCAGCCUCCUGAGUGCUGGGAUUAAAGAGGUGUGCUGCAUGCGUGGUUUUGUUUGUUUGGGUUUUUUUUUGUUGUUGUUGCUUUUUGUUUUUGGUUGGUUUAGUUUUGGUGUUGUGACUUAAACCCAAGGCCACUAAGUUCCAUCCCAAGACCUGUGAUCCUGUUCCAUCGCCAUCUUUAGGUAGUACAUUGGUUGGUUUUUAAUCUCUGCCUGGACAAGUAAAACAUUUGUAUAAAUAGGAAAAUGAAACCCUUGUGUAAACUGGAAAUUUAAAACAGAAUUGACUGGAAAAAACCCACACUUCCCUCCCUACCCACAGAAACAUGUCCAGGAGGUCAGGCAACUUUUGAUAAUAAGUAGAACAAGAAGAGUCUUAUUGUUCAUGACACAGAGCCUAGUAGACAGUGGUGCUUAAUAUGUGUCUGUUGCCUGACUCGGGUUGCUAGUAUCUCAACAGAGGGAUGAGCAUAUGAAAAAAAAUAUGCUCCUCAGAUCUUUGGCCAAAUUGGAACUGGAGACUUCGGCAUUCAUUUGAAAAAAUAGUUUCUUACCCCAACACGUAUUGGUUGGACUCUGGCCAGGUCAUUCUUGUGGCUCUGAUCUUUGCUGGUCCUUGGAACCUCUGUAAAGGGUGCACUUGCCCUGCCACAGAUCUGCAAUAUGUUUUUCACAUUUUACCCCACAUGUUAUGUUAUGCUUUUUGAAUGUUCUGUUUCAAAUAUUAACAGAUAAAUAACCUGGUCUUAGUCUAACAUUUUCUAAUAAUUGUUACCUGAAAUGUAGUAGUUUUUUUGUUUUUGUUUUUUGGUGGUUUUUUUUGUUUGGCUUUUGGGUUUUUUUUGUUUGGGGCUUUUUUGUUUGGGUUUUUUUGUUUUUUGUUUUGUUUUUGGUUUUUUGAGGUCUUUUGUUUUUUAAUCCUUUGACUGAAUCCUACCAAUCUAUGUUAUCUCUCUUAUAAUCUUUCUAAUCCUUUCUAAUCCUUUAAAGUCUGUGUGGCAUGUCACAGCUCGCUGUAACCAGCUCUUCACAUCAGAAGAAAAUCCCAGUAGACAGUGAUCUGUGUUCCAGCCACUCUCCAAAAUGGCAGAUGACAUGUCAUGAACUUUCCCUUAAGACACACAUGCACACACAUAAGAACAUUUUGGCCAGAUAGUAGUAGCAAGCAUUUAUUGAGUACUUAGCCUGCAUGUACUUUAUGUUGAUGUGAUUGAUACAAUUAGUAGCUCUAGUCUUUACACACACACAAAAAAACUGAUGUACAGAGAGUAUUAGUAGAUCACAAAAGGUAACAUAAUUAUUACGCAGAAGUACUAACUUUUACUUCAGUCUCGGUUUUUUUUUUUUUUUUUUUUUUUU